CGCCCCGGCGCAAACUCGCUCUUUGCGUUCAUUUCAUUCCUCCUCUCAUUCCGAGCAUUCUUCGCAUCUCUUGUCAGUGCGCGAAGCGAUUCACCUACACCUUCCUGGCUGGCCCAGAAACACCAGAAUAACUUGACAUAGUAUUAAAAAAUACCCCGUAACAUCCCAUUACCAAAAGAAAGGGACAUUUUUAUAUGAGAUAUCAAUAACGAGUUGGCUCAGCCGGGAGUUGUUGGAGAUUUCACCGGAGCAUUUUCAGACCACCUCGAAGAAAACACACUGGACAGACUUGUUGCUUCAACACGUUUGACGGUGCUUUAAAAAAAAUCGCCAUCGAAGUUUUGUGUCUCUCCCUAGUCUGCUCCAGGCUUCAGCUUGGAGAGCCCAACCGCCACGAUUGAUCCCAGCAGCUGGAGCGGCAGCGAGAGCCCUGCCGAGGACAUGGAGAGGAUGAGCGACUCGGCAGACAAGCCCAUAGACAAUGAUGCCGAGGGGGUGUGGAGCCCUGAUAUUGAACAGAGCUUCCAGGAGGCCCUGGCCAUCUAUCCUCCUUGUGGACGCAGGAAGAUCAUCCUCUCUGAUGAGGGAAAGAUGUAUGGUCGAAAUGAGCUGAUAGCCAGAUACAUCAAGCUUCGGACCGGGAAGACGAGGACACGGAAGCAGGUGUCUAGUCACAUACAGGUCAUAGCAAGAAAGAAAGUUCGAGAAAUCCAAGCUGCCAUUAAGGUACGUCUGGCUUUGCCCAGUUGCAGGGGGCUUUUCAUUGCCAUGGUUACAGGCUCUUCCUUUGUUUUCCUCCCCUCCCCUACCCCGCAGGUGUCUAGUCACAUUCAGGUUCUUGCCAGAAGGAAAUCUCGUGAGUUUCAUUCCAAGCUAAAGGUUACAAGUAUGGACCAAGCCGUGAAGGACAAAGCCCUCCAGAGCAUGGCCUCCAUGUCCUCGGCUCAGAUCGUCUCUGCCACGGCUAUUCACAACAAGCUCGGCCUGCCAGGCAUCCCGCGCCCAGCCUUCCCUGGAGCAGGGUUAUGGCAGGGUAUGAUAUCGACUGGUCAGCCAGGAUCUUCACAAGAUAUUAAGCCUUUCACCCAGCAAGCCUAUCCCAUCCAGCCGGCAGUCACAGCCAUUUCAAGUUACGAGCCCACAGCACCUCCGGCUCCCACGGCACCAGCGUGGCAGGGCCGCUCCAUCGGUACAUCUAAACUCCGACUGGUGGAGUUCUCCGCCUUCCUAGAGCAACAGAGAGACCCAGACUCAUACAACAAGCACCUAUUUGUACAUAUCGGACAGACAAAUCAUUCCUACAGUGACGCCCUGCUGGAGUCGGUGGACAUUCGUCAGAUUUAUGACAAAUUCCCAGAAAAGAAAGGAGGACUGAAGGAGCUGUAUGGAAAAGGUCCCCAGAAUUCGUUUUUCCUUAUAAAAUUCUGGGCUGACUUGAACUGUAACAUUCAAGAUGAUACUGGAUCUUUCUACGGAGUCACUAGUCAGUAUGAGAGCUCAGAGAACAUGACCAUCACAUGUUCAACAAAGGUCUGCUCCUUUGGCAAGCAGGUGGUCGAGAAAGUUGAGACUGAAUAUGCACGGUUUGAGAAUGGACGCUUUGUCUACCGGAUAAGCCGGUCUCCCAUGUGCGAAUACAUGAUCAACUUCAUCCAUAAGCUAAAACAUCUGCCAGAGAAAUAUAUGAUGAACAGUGUGCUGGAGAACUUCACUAUCUUAUUGGUGGUGACAAAUAGAGACACCCAGGAGACGCUGCUAUGUAUGGCGUGUGUGUUUGAAGUUUCAAACAGUGAGCACGGCGCCCAGCAUCAUAUCUACAGACUGGUAAAGGAAUGAGAGGCUCCGAGCCCUUCCCCCCCACCCCAACCUCCCUCUUUUCAUAGACUUACCAACCUCACAAACAAGUGGCAGUGCCUCUACCUGAAAGUCACACCUACAAUGCUUUUUGGUCAUGGUAUCGGGUGAAGUCAGUUGUUAUAAAUUUGUUUUAAUAUAAAGUGUUUGUUAUUUGACUGCAGUUGUGAAUUGCGGUACAGUUGUUUUAUGUUUAAAUAUGGGAAUUCUCCUUUAAAAUAUGUUGAGUUGGUCUAUGUUGGGUUUAAAUGUGGCCGUUCUUAAAGAAUUCACUAGAUUAAUUUGGUAAAUGGAAAUGUGUGUUGUCUUCUGCUUUGUUAUGUAGACUAAGAAAAAAAGGAUGCUGGCCUUUUCUAUCAGCGGCCUGAUGUCGUCUGUGUAAUAUGUUUGAGUGUGUUUUAUAUGUCUGUAGUUCAUAAUUUGUGAGCAUACAUAUAGUCAAUUUACAGAUGUGCACCCACAGCCAAUAGAUUUUCCAAAGAAGCUAAACUUACACAACACUACAUAGACAGUAGUUGGAAGGAAGCAAGUGGUCAUGAAUAUUGCAAAAUUACUGCUAUUUCUUUAAAAAACACAAACAACUCAGCUUUCAGAAGUAUAUUUAUCCCUGUUGACGCACUCCAAGUCUUAGACACUAACAACAGAAUUGUUGUUGCACUGUGAAAAUACUACAAACAUUUUGCCUGCAUCUGCUCCAUGAAUGUAGAAGUCUUACCACCUGCUAAGCAUUUUCUGUGCUACAAACGAGUCUUUUCUCUCUGACAACCGAUAAGAGAAUUUUUAGGUUUUAGACGGGUGAAAGUACUGCUUAAAAUUACUCUCAUCUUGUCCAAAAGCACUUUGUUCCCCUUCCUGGACUUGCUUUAGUGAUGCUUACUUUUCUUUCUGUUUAAAUAAUCACAACACUAUAAAAUCACUUGUAGACAGCAGGCCUUGUUCAGUAUGCUGUGGCUUUGCCCCCGAAAGACUCUCAAUAGUUUUCCCCUCUGGGAUCGUGGUGUAAUAACUCCAAGCCAAGAGUGUUGCUGCCUUCAUGUUCACACUAUGUUCACAUGUUUCUGUGGCCUACACCAACCCCCAGCCUUAAACAUGUUAUAGCUGUGUGAACUCCAAAAGAUGCCACUAAAACUGUGAUCUCUACGCAGGAAGACUCUUUCUAUGUUUGCAUUGUGUAUGAAAUUCACAACACUAUCUGCCAAAGUGUAGAUGUACAGUGCCUUAGAAUAUACUCUAACAUUACCCUUUGCUUUGUUUUAAGUCUAAAAUCAGUUUUGUGGAUGAAACAGGCAAAAAUAACUCACCAGUAUAUUACUUGGUACAUCUUCACAUCUGAGAAAUGAUGUUUCUUAUAAUUGGUACACUCCUAGAAAUACAGUUUUUUUUUUUUGUUGUUGUUAAGGGGCAGUACACUUAUGUUAAAUUAAGUUAUAAUAACAGUUAUAAUGCAGGUUAUAUUUUUCUCUAACGCUGCAAUAUGUUCCUAAAACAUCAGCCUUUUUUCAAAGAGUGUACUAUAAACAGACUGACUGCCUUUCCUGUUGUAAAAGACCAAAAAUACAGAGAUACAGUCAAUCUUUUGUCAUGUCCUGCACGGUAGCAAGGAAGUGCCUUUGGUUUAAAAUGUCCUGCUUCAAAAAGAUCAAACAGAAAUUUAAAAUUUAAUGUUGCUAGACCAAAAAUGAGACAUAAGUAAAACCAAUCACCACAUUGCCUUUUUUAAAGGAUUUUAAUGACAGCAGGAGAAAGCUGGUUACUGGUCAAAUAAAUAAAUGAUAUAUUCAUUUUUAUUACAUUGUAAAUUGAUUUCACAAAUGAUGUAUUUGAAGAAAAGCUGUUUCUUUGCUUGCGGCUCCACGUGCAGCCGCUGACUGCAUGCAGGAUGUCAGCUCAGAUAAACACUGCAGCUGUCUGCUUUGUGCACACUUGCAGGUUCAAGUGUUUUUAAAAGAAAGAGGAAAAAAAAAAAAGGUUUUUGGAGACAUUAUGGUUUCCUCUUUCCCGCGACCACACGCUCUCACGAUGUGAAAACCACAUCACACUUUAACAAUGUUGCGUUUGACGAGGCAGGUACCGACACAAGCUUUUAUCAAUUAUUAUCUUUGAGACAAAAAAGUUGAUUUAACAGUACAAAUUAAAAAAAAAAUGUAUUUGGAGCUGUUUUAAUGUGGUUGUUUCCAAAACCUGUUUUGAGAUGCUGUUUCAGAAACUAAACCCAAUUUUUCACAACUGCUAGUGUGGACAAGGCUGUCGAGGUUAAUACUUUUAAGGACCAUAGCUACUCAAACAUUUACUGUUUCUUACAAAAAAUUAUAAUCAUCUAAAGUAUUUUAACCGAAGAAGCUCUAAAUAAUUGCAGACAAUGUCUCUGGUGGAUGCAGAUAAAGUUCAAUCAUUCAGUAUUUUGCCACAGUCCUGUGGACACUGUGGAGUUUUAAUAGGCUUUUUCUUAAGUUUACCCUAUGUAUCUGUUCACAUUUAUUGAUUACUUAGUGAGAUGUUCCUGUUUUCUUAUUGUACUUGUAUACAGUUGUACUUGGUUUUGUGAUGACAUUGUCUGUAUAUUGCAAGCCCAAUAAGAUGGUAAUGAUGUUGCUGCUGCACUGCUGGUACAUUGUGACAUGUCGUUUCAACACUGAAACAGCAGGACUGAUGCCUUCGAUGGCACGAAUGUCUGGUGGACCAUUAGAAGAGAAAAUGACAAAAAAAUAAAAAAUAAAAUAAAAAUCAGCUAAGUUGAGAAAUCAUGCUACAAACAUAUCAGCAGUUUAGCUCUUGUUAUUUGUAAUUCUGUCGAAGAGUAGGUACUGGUACCUUUUUUGUUUUAUGACCAUUUUCAGAUGGUGGCUUUAAAGUGAUUUUUCACACAGCUCACACACAGUUAUCAUACAUUUGGGUUUUUGUGUGCAGACUUGUUUUUGUAAAAAGGUGCUCUGUACAAAAUUAUAUAUCUUAGCUUUUCUUGGUACAAAUGUGUGAUAUCUUUUUGUAUCCAUGAAAUGUGUUGGAGCAAAGGAGAGAAAAGAAGCUCUGCGAUGUUUCUGUGUUCUGCAUAUGGUCUUGUCUUUGCUCCGUAACAUUAUGAUGCCUUCUUGAUAAUAGAUAUUUUGUAGCUUUCUAGAUACUUUGUAUGUAUGCAAUAUUGAAGUUAAAUGAAUCUGAAAAAUAUUGCCUCCUUUUGUUGUCAAUUAAACAUUUAACAUAA